GUGACCAGAAUGAGGGAGGGGCUACCACGACAGGAAUCUGCUGGUUUCUUAGACUUUGGCAAAUAAUUCAGUCUUGUAGAGAGCACUGCAGACAGGCUUCUGCCAAGAGGCCCCAGCCGAGUGGAAUGUGGGGCCGUGUGCAGGACAGCUUGCUCAAAUGCCGUCUUGUAUUUCCCUCUCUAGACCAAGGCCAGCAUGGAAAGGAACCCCGAGGAUGGCACAGGCCCUGUACACGUGCCUUUUGGGCACAUUGUUGCCAAUGAGAAAUGGCGUGGGUCGCGGCUGGCACAGGACAUGCAAGGGAAAAUUAAGCUUGUUUUUGAGGAUGGCCUGGCACCGGUAGAUUUUUACUUGUCUACCAGAUGCUGCAUUCUUUAUGUCAAGGAAGCCGAUUUGGUGGCAGGAAAUAGCUACCGAAAGCGGCUUGUUCGCGUUAGAAAUUCUAGUAAUCUUCAAGGAAUAGUAAUAGUUGAAAAAACACAGAUGAGUGAACAGUACUUCCCAGCCAUACAGAAGUUUACUGUGCUGGACCUCGGGAUGGUGUUGCUUCCAGUGGCCAACCAGGUGGAAGCGUCCUGCCUCAUUAUCCAGUUAGUUCUAGAGCAAACCAAAGAGCCCAAUAAGAACCCUUUUCUCAGGAAGAAACAGGCUCUCAUCCCUGAGCCAUCCCUGCUUCGAACUGUGCAACAGAUCCCAGGAGUCGGAAAAGUUAAAGCUUCCCUUCUGCUUCAGAAGUUCCCAAGUAUCCAGCAACUAAGUAACGCUUCCAUCCAGGAACUGGAGCAGGUCAUUGGGCGUGCAGCGGCACAGCAAAUGCAUGCGUUCUUCACACAGUCCAGGUGACAGCUCUUCUCAUAGCCUCUACUGUGUUUUCUCCUUUAGACCAUGAACACAGGAUCUUGUAUCCUUUUUAUAUUUAAAAAUCAAGAAAAAUGAUUUCCUGUCACAGCAGCUAGUGAAAGAUGAUGCGAGGCCUGAAUGGAAUCUGACAGUUGUCCUGCCCUGCUUGUGGGGUUGUGGAGGGGGGCAGGCAUUUAAGUUAGUGGGCCCAGAUGGUGCUGCCCUGACUCUGCUGCCAUGAAGAAGGCCAGCGGGGAUCUUCUUAAGAGAGUCACUUGAAUUAGGGAUUCUCAGAUUCAGCAAAAAGCCAGCUUGGGUGGAUGUGAAAGUGUGACCUUGACCUGCAUCUAUCAUGGGAAGGUCUUAUUGAGUUUCAGGUGGUUGAUAUGACCUUUUAAAGGAAACAAACCUACAAUGAAGCAUUGUGUACCAUAAGCCCCUUGUUCCUGGCAGCAGAGCCACUGUUCUUCAGGUCUGGUCUUAAUAUACCUGUGCUUUGAGGGCUGCUGCCAGUAUAAAUAAACGUUGUACAGACUUCCUCCCUUGCUCACUUCCUUCACGGUAACUGCAGUUUGCUCAUAAUUAUUGGGCACAUCUGAACAGAGAAAGCCUGGAGUGUAGAGUGCCCGCUUAAAGAUGAAAAGACAGUGUGGGGGUGCGGAGCAGGGUGAGGGGUGUGUUUGUGAAUGCACAGCCCCACAGUGGGAAAAUGGCAGGGGCAGCGGGGUCCAGAGAGAAGGCCUGGAGGCUGGGGAUCAAAAAGUACAUUGCCCACUCAAAAAUAAAUACAAUUAAAGAUGCCAUAUGUUUUCAAAGAU